AUGUGGCCGGAACGGUUACAGAUGGAUCAAGAAAUCCUGCUCGAUGCAGGAGCUCAACUGCAUCGAUUGAAGAUGUUUCCAUACUUUGACAUUGCCCAUUACAUCUUGAUGAUUUGCGAAGUUCGCGAUGAUCUGGCUACAUCGGCUGGUUUGUUCUCGCGUAAGCAUCCACUCUCGUGUUGGUUAUCCUCAAUGCUGAUGUGCUUCGCCGACUCCUUCCUGGCUAACUUCCUGCUUGGUGAACCAGUAAUUGCACCAUUCAAACGACAUGACGAUAUCGUCUUGGCCACGAUCGUCUGGUAUCUAGUUUUCUAUGCUCCAUUUGACGGCAUCUACAAACUAUCGAAAGUUUUACCAAUCAAAUGUGUUCUGUCAGUAAUGAAGGAAGUUAAGCGAGCUCAUAAGGUUACUCACGGAGUCUCACAUGCAGCUAAGCUCUAUCCCAGCUCCUACAUUGUUCAGAUCUUGGUGGGAACAGCGAAAGGGGCAGGAUCUGGAAUUUUGAAGACAGUUGAACAGCUUAUACGUGGUGUUUGGCUUCCAAAUCACAAUGAAGCUCUUCGUCCAUCUUUUGCCACAAAAGCCUGUCUUGUAGCAUCGAUCGUGCUAUCGUUGGAGAAGAACAGCGUCUACAUCACGGCACCACACGACAUCGUCUAUCUGGUGAGGAUUAGUUAA